UGCAACGAUCCGAAGAACCGUUCACACAAAGCAAACCCAUCAUGCCUGGGCGAGUGGGAAGACGCUCUGCGGCGACCUCAGAAGAGACGACGAGCCGUAGAACUGCGACACGAACACGACGGACCGCCGCGGCAUUGGCACCAAGAGACGAAGGUCCCGAGACCCUACUCCGCAAACAGAUUGCCAAGUUCUUUUCCGAUGCUCAACAUGGCGAGGAGACACACAAGAAGCUCGUUUCCGGUAUGAGGAAUGUUCAAGAAGCGGUUUGCUAUGAAUCAGGACACGUAAACCCCAAAUACAAGCAAUUCGGUGAUUUCUCUGAAGAGGACUUCAAUGAGGAGGUGAAGAGAUGUGUUUAUAGGUUAUUGGAGAUCAAGAAGUCAGAAAAGGCUGGGGACAGGAUCCGUGCUUUUCUUGUGGAGUUCUUGAAGACGGCCAUUCAGAAAGACUAUGAAGCCUUAGCAGGGGCACAAGCCGAAGAGGUCCUCGACUCACCCAGCACCCGCCUCAAAUCCGAAAUUCAAAACAUUCUCUUAGACUCUAUGGGUUCUAAGGACAAGAUCGUCCGUUUCCGCGCUACCGAGACCCUCGCACGCCUGAUUACAGAUAUCGAAGAUGAAUUGAUAGAAGAUGACUACUACAAAUGUCGACGAGCAUUAAUGCGGCGACUUGAGGAUAAAGAAGCCUCAAUUCGAGUGCAGGCCGCCAUCGGGUUCGGCACGCUCGCGACACGAUAUGAAGAUCAAGACGGGAGCGACGCCGAGGAUGACGACCGGGCUGGUGGUCUCUUCCGACUGCUGACUGUUAUGCAACAAGAUCCAAGCGCAGAAGUCCGCAGGGCUAUCCUUCUCAACCUACCGCUCGACGACCCGAGAACCCGACCAUACAUGAUCGAACGGGCACGCGAUUCCGAUGUUACCAUGCGUAGGCUGGUCUACAAACGGCUCCUUCCAGCGCUGGGUGACUUUCGUCAACUGAAAAUGGCGGAACGCGACAAGGUCAUUCGCUGGGGCCUGCGGGACCGUGAUGUUGGGGUGCAGCAAGCCACCGCUCGCCUCCUGUGCGAGCACUGGAUACGAGUAUGUGAGCAGACAGAGCCUGGCGAGACUGGUGUGGCCGUUGAAAGCGAGAAUCGAGGCCUACUGAAAAGAGCAGCAUUGAUUGAAUUCUGCAAGCAAAUCCGGAUUUUGCGCACUGGCUUAGAAGGUGGGAUGGCUCACGACGCGAUGAAAGCUCUCUGGGCAGGGCGGCCUGAUUACCUCCACGAUAUCACUUUCAGGGAUCAAGAAUUCUGGAACGAUCUCACCCUUGAGAAAGUCUUUGUCAUGCGCACGUUUACAGACUAUUGCUCCAAUUCCGAAGAUGAAGCGGUCCAGGAUCUUCGAGACACGAAGAUGCCUGAGCUGACUGCUGUCGGUUCUGUGCUUCAAAAAUGGCUGCAAGCGCUCGUUGAGGAGUCUAGACGGACGAGUAAAAUGCCUGAAGUGGACGAGCAAACGUUGAAGGAGCUCGACGCUCUGGAGUUCCUUGUGGUGCAGCUGCUCCAUAUUGUGCUGGGCCUCGACCUUAACGACCGGGUGGGAGGGAAGCAGAUCUACCAUUUGAUUCAAGGCCCUCUGGAAAGAUGGGAUAUUGCUGACAGCUGCACGGAGUUGAUGGUGGACAUUCUCCACCGAGUAUGCGAUAGCCGGAAGGAUUUCAUUGAUAUCAUCAAGAAGUCCAUAGAAGAGGUUCGCGACUCCGUCAACGACAUCCACGAUGAGAAAGUGGGGGACAACGACGUUGUGAUGUCGGAUCAUGACGACGAAAGUUUCCACUCUGCUCAGUCUGAAGCGAGCGAUGACACAGCCAUCCCGAGCAGUCCGCGCGCACAGCAACCUCCGGAGAUGAAGGAUAACGUGCAGGAGCUUCUUGCCAGAAUGAAAUGUCUCCACCUGGUGGGCUGCAUGAUGAAGCAUGUCUCCCUAAAAGUUCUCAAGGAACCAAAGACGCGCGAUUUCGUCUUUGAAACCCUCAAAGGAGAUAUACUCAAUGACUUGGUAGCUCCUUCGAUGUCCCGCAAGCUACCAUCUGUUCGCGCAAGUGCCUUGCCUUGUCUGGCUCAUUUUGGAUUUCUCCAGAAGAACCUAGCUGAGUCAAACAUGGUGGUGAUGGCGCACGCUUUCGACAAGGGAGACGUAGACCUCCAGAUCGCCGCCAUCAGAGCUCUUACAGACUGGGCCGCCGUAUACCGUGACCUCUUCGCCAACAAUCCCCAGAAGGCCGACCCGAACAACAAAUGGUUAUUGCCCGAAGACGUAUAUCUGCAAGGCUUUGCAUCCGAAGAGCCGGAGAUCCGCUUCGAAGCUUGCAAGGCGGCUUUCAAGCUUCUGCUGCCAUACCAUUCCCCCUUCGACGAGGAAUUCACUCAGCAGAUUCUCUUCGAGUUCGUCAUCGGCUACUUCAACCCGCAGAACGCGAAUGACACGGGUUUGAGACAGGCGCUGGUGUACGGCCUUUCAUCGUACUGCCACUCGAGGACGGAGAGAGCGCUGCUCUUUUCCAGACUCGUGCCCACCGUCGUUCGUAAGCUCGUGCAACUGAUUGAGAAUGAGUUGGACGACGAUGAGAAGGAGGAUAUGACGCCGUGGCCCAAGGUGACGGAGAUUCUCGCCUCAUGGACGGAUGCAAGACUCGUCUAUGGGAAGAGGGAUACAGCACUUGGUGCGGCCGAAGAUCCGCAUACCAACCUUGCGGCGCUGAUACUGGAGCGCGUGAGGAAAAGCACGUGCACUGGCGUCGAGCUCAAGGUUCUCAUGUCGCUGUUGACGAAGCUGUACAUCUCCCCCGCGCCGCCGCAAUCGGCAGCUGGUGAGGUUUUCCCGGACGCCGGCGAGGAUCGCGAGCUUUUGGAGACGCUGUAUGAGUUGGUGACUGAGGCCGUGGAGGAGGGCAUGGCGCCCGAUGCUGUGAGUCGGAAUUACCUGAAGAGGUUGGAGACGGGGCUGAAGAAGAGGUUGGUGGAGGUGGAGGGUGCGGUGGAGGAGGUGACGAAGGGAGUGACGUCCAUCAAGGUUGAGGAUCAGACUGAGCAGGCGGAAGAGGACGAAGAGCAAGAGAAGACGGUGGCGCAAAGUGGUAGGCGGAGUGCGGAGGCUACGACAACGGCGGAAGGGGAGGGCGAGGUGACUACGACGACUGUGGAGGCUGAGGAUGAGGAGGACGAGGAAAAACGGGAGAAAGAAGAUGAGGAGGAGGAAGAUACAUUUAUUGCAGGCAUGCAGGGAGAAAGCACGAGGAUGCCUUUGUUUGAGGAGGACGAGGCAGAGGAUGACGAUACAGUGCGCGAUCUUAGUAGAGCAAGCAGGCGGACGCCACGAAGGGCGGCUAGUCGUCGGCAUACAGCCGUGACGGAGAGCGAUAUCAUUGAUGAGCUGCUGGAGAGUGAGCUCGAGGAGUAGGUCGCCUUGCACGAUGUUGUGUCUCCAUAAGUGUGGUCUGGGUCUCUAUGCGGAUGGGUACUUUGCGGCUCCGUUAUUGACGGAGGGGGCGUGGGAAUAGGAUAAAGGUGAUGGCGUUUGUGGUUUCUAUGGCUGGAGUCAGGUAGAUCUGUCAUUUUGAAUAAUCGAGCGAGUCCCUUUUUCCCUUCCGAAGUCCAUUCGUUAGAACUAAUCAACCCC